AAACCUCACGUAACAAUGGUCAAACCAACCUCAUGCUGCGGCCGCAGCGACGAAUGCGUCUGCGCCCAGAAGGCUACCUGCUCGUGCGGCAAAACAUCCGCCAUGCACUGCACCUGCGAGAAGAAGGAUCAGGAGAACGCUCUGCAAGGACCCAGAUGCUCAUGCAGAGCCCGUCCCGCCGGCCAAUGUACCUGCGACCGCGCCGCCACUGAGAACGCGCCUCCCACGGGCGCCACGUGCGCGUGUGGCCAGCGGAGUUCAGGAAGUUGCACAUGCGAAAAGGCAGCCGAUGGUGGACUACUUCCCACGGAGACGGAUUUCACGACCAAAGCAUAG